AUGGUGAGUGUUUUAUGGGAUGAGUAUGAGCGGUUUAUUCAGGGUACAUCUCAACAGAACACGACUACACUUGCAUGCACAGGUCAGUCUCCUUUCUUUGUUCUGUUUCCCACGUUGUCUCAUUUUCCCCUUACUCCCAGAGUUUUUGGAUAUGUGUGUUUCGUUCAUAAUCUUGGGCAUGGAAUGGACAAGUUAGAUGCUAGAUCCAAGUGUGACUUUCUUGGCUAUUCCAUGACUCAAAAAGGCUAUGAAUCAAAUAUUGGGAAGAUUCUCUUGGUGGUAUAUGUAGAUGACAUUGUUAUCACAGGCAGUGAUAGACCAGGGAUUGACAGGUUGAAGACUUACUUGCAAGAUCACUUACAGACAAAGGAUUUUGGCAAAUUAAGAUACUCCCUAGGGUUAGAGGUUGCGAGGUCCAAGAAUGGUAUUAAUCUGUGCCAGAGGAAAUAUGUUCUUGAUCUGCUAGAAGAAACAGGGUUGUUGGGUGCCAGACCAGCUGAAACACUUAUGGGACUGAAUGCUAAAUUGGGUAGUGAUACAGGUGAGGAGUUCAAGGAUCCAGGAAGGUAUAGAAGGUUGGUGGGUAAGCUUAAUUACCUAACAAACACUCGACCUGAUAUCUCAUUUGCAAUCAGUGUAGUAAAUCAGUUUAUGUCGAACCCUUGA